GUAAACUCCCAAGUAGAGCAAGUUUUGCUUAGGGGAGAUCCUUGUGAGUCAACUGCUUCCUCUUGCACGUGGUAACUAACGUCCCUCCCACUCAAAAGACCACACUGCCAAUCACAGCUUAAUUGUGAAAACCAGUGACAAAGUGGCUGGAGCAAAGGUGUCUGAGUCAGGCUCUGGGUGGGAUUAUCUUAAAGGAAGUGCAACUUUCAUUUCCUCUUCCAAGAGAAGGCAGAGGUUAUUGGGUUGAGGAAGGAACUGGUACAGCCCAGCUGGACUCUGAGCUGCUCUACCAUGAGGUUCCAAGUGCCUUGCUUGGUCUUGCUGGGACUGCUUGUAGCCGGAGGAACAGGGAAAGACUGUCCUCAUAGAAAAGCUGCUACUCUCCUGCCAUCCUUCACGAUGACACCUACGACCACACAGAGCACAGCCAGCCCUACGACCAGCCACAAGCCCACCACCACCAGCCACAAGCCCACCACCACCAGCCACAGGCCCACCACCACCAGCCACAAGCCCACCACCACCAGCCACAAGCCCACCACCACCAGCCACAGGCCCACCACCACCAGCCACGGAAAUGUCACGGUUCAUCCAACAAGUAAUAGUACCACUACCAGCUCCAGGCCCGCAACCUCCACUCACAGCCCUGCCAUGACCACCAGUCAUGGGAAUGCCACAGUUUACCCCACCACAGACAACGGCACUGCUCCCACUCCUGGAUCCACCACCGGCCCUCCCCCCGGACCACCUCCACCCUCUCCAAGUCCUCGUCCAGGCUCCGAGGGGGCUCUUGGGAACUACACGUGGAUGAACGGCUCCCAGCCCUGUGUCCGGCUUCAAGCACAAAUUCAAAUUCGAAUCCUGUACCCGACCCAGGGUGGAGGAAAGGCCUGGGGCAUCUCGACACUGAAUCCCAACAAAACCAAGGUCCAGGGCGGCUGUGACAGUGCCGAUUCCCACCUGUCUCUCUCAUUUCCUUACGGGCAGCUCACCUUGGGAUUCAAACAGGACCUGGAGCAGAGCCAGAGUAUAUACCUCAACUACAUGGCAGUGGAAUACAACGUGUCCUUCCCACAGGCAGCACAGUGGACAUUCUCAGCUCAGAAUUCAUCUCUUCGAGAGCUCCAAGCUCCUCUGGGCCAAAGCUUCUGUUGCAGAAAUACAAGCAUAGUUCUUUCUCCAGCUGUUCACCUUGACCUGCUCUCCCUGAGGCUACAGGCUGCUCGGCUGCCCAACUCAGGACACUUGGGGCCAUGUUUCUCCUGCGCCAGCGACCAAUCCCUCUUGCUCCCUCUCAUCAUUGGCCUGGUCCUCCUUGGCCUCCUCGCCCUGGUGCUCGUUGCCUUCUGCGUUACCCGGAGACGACAAUCAGCCUACCAGCCUCUCUGAGCAUUUGCUCCAAUCCACUCCGGGCCACCAAGGAGCACCCUCAUUUCUUCAAUGUGCACCUGACUCAACCAAGUUAUUCUCCUUUCCUGUCUUUAAGAACAAAACUAGAGAUUUUGUAAUGGGGGGAUUAAUAAACAGGAACCGUGUCCCAUUCCUGCUCACAAAAGGAGCAUGAAAACUUA